CCCGUUGCGAGCCCGCCGAUAUAACAGCGCCUCUGUCGCACGCUUCGCUCGCCUACGUGCACGCUUUUCCGCGUCGCAUUGUGAUUGCUGCGAGUCGUUGUUGACCCAGUUAGGGCCCGCGUAACCGUUGCCGAUGAGGCGGUCGUGCAUUCACGCGUGUGAGUUUUCCGCGAAUAAUUUUCAAUAGGAACGAGUGAGAACCUCCUGAGUGAUUAGUGCGACAAUCGAAGGGACAGAACUAUUCAAAGCGUUUUCCUUUAGUUAACGCGGACAAUCGCUGUUACGCGAGUCUAGAUUCGCGUGCGAAGUGGUGAUAACAUUGGAAAGAGGGAAAACGCGAUAUUCGUUGGCACGCGGAACAAUCCUUUACGACCCGUUCUCGUCCACAUGGUUCGUGUUUUGCUCCUCCACCCUCUUUGCCUCCCCUGCGUGGCUCACUCUGGACUAUCCACAAGGCUAGGACUAGCCCGCUCGUGACGGGAACACGCGAACAUCAUCUGGCCGGUGUAUACCACCUUGAGGUGUACACGUGAAAGGUGCAGCCAAGUCUUAACCCACAGGCUAUGUACAAUGUCCGCGCAACGUCAUCUUUGACCGGAUACGUAUACCGGUGUACUAACACGGGGAUCAUUCUCGACAUUGUGUACCGAGACAAUUGAUUCGCUGUCAUCGGCGACGCGCUGUGACGUAAACACCUAGCCAUUACUGGAUUUCUGUGGUUCAAAUUGACGCGUUAUCACAUUCAGGUGGUCAACGAGAGUGUUAACGUUAGAUUUACAACGAAAUUUUCCCGUUACGGAGUACGAGCGAGAAAACUUUUGUACUUCAUCAUGAAGGUCUGAACGCGAGGAACAUUUUACAGGCGGCUAGUGACGUUUAAUUGAUAAUAUAGGAAUAGAAUAGAUUAGUUAUUGUAGGAAUAGAAUAGAAUACGGGAAACGGUAGUCGGCAUUCCCCGAUAGACUACACCGUUCCACGUUUCGGUGGGAAUGAUAAUCGAUACGAUGGAAAUGUUCAUGAUAUUAGGUAUCUGCUUCCUGUGCUAUGAAAUGUGCGAUUUGAUCAGACGUUACACCACGCCACAAACGACGGAGCCGCGCCGCUCCCUCGAAGCUUCCGCAGCACCACCGUCUCAACGUGUAUUCUCAAUUUCCCAUAGGAUACAGAAUCGUCCAGCCUGUUGCCCACAGUAAACCGUUGUUACUCCGUUUACUGAGUCGUCCCUCGACGGUUUCUUCUCCUCGAUUCUCCCGUGGUUCUGAACGAAAGUGGCUGGAAAAUUUUCUGAGGAAACCGCUGGAAAACGGAAAAUCCUCAAAGGAAUGAGAAAAACAAAUGGCGAGCUAUCUCGUUUAGAGAAGCCACGGAAAUUAGUUGCGUUUACGCGGCUGACGUGAUCGCCUGAUCUUAAUAAAGUGUUUUGCAUCCAUCACGUUCAGGCAGGAUACGACGAGCUGUGGUCUUUGGACGAAGUUGACGCUCCCUAAUGUACUUGACAUCAUGAAGCGUCCGAUCGAUACGGGAAUGUAAGUGUGCCCAUAUCGCCCUUCGCUUCGUUAUCGCGAUCGAUGCAAUCCGAUCGAUCAUCUCGUCGACGCAAUCUUCAUGCUGGUUACUCUCUUCAUGGAAUCGGGACUGUAUGGCUACGGAAGUGCACGAGUGUUUUCGAAUUCACGUAUACAGUACGAUCUUCACGAGGAAGGAAAAUAAAUUGGUUAAGUUGUUCGAUAGAAAACGUACGAUUUCACUGCCUGUCUUUGGGGAAUAAACUCGAAAGAACGUGUUCCCUUAACGCUGAAAUAGGUUCAGUCUGGUUCGAAGGAUGCAGCGAGGGUGGUGAAUGACCCGUGAAAUACGCUGAGAUCUGGAUUUCAAAGAAUAAAAUCGUAUUCUUAGUUUACUUAAUCCCAAUUUGUCACCGUGAACUUGGAUGUUUACUAUAAUUCAUCUACGAUAAGUGAUCGAUAUUUCAUUGGUAUUGAGCAAUGAAGUAGUUAAGUUGCAUCGAAUUUUAUCUAGUUAUAUCAACAUUCUACUUACAUCUGUAGUUCCGUGUUCAAGAAAAGGAUAAUAGACUUAAGAAUAGUAUAACGCAGUUCAAGAUUACUCGCUGAGCGAGUGAUUUUUUUAUCGAAAAGCUCAAAUUGAAGACACGAGAGGCAGAAUCACGAAGAUCGAGAAGAGAUGGACAUGUUGGAGCGGCUGAUGAGCUCUGGAUUGCAUCAGCCAGCUCUGACGGCAGCCACACGAUCUCAAAACGCCUUCGUGCAGGCCAAUCUUUGCUCCGUGAUCAGCCGGAAGGGUCGUCACCUAACUGGCACAUUUUGCUUAAGAGGAGACACGAUGGAGGGCAUAAUACAAUGUCUGGUGUUUUUGAAAGCGUUUUCGUUGGUGGGUGGCGAAUUCGACAUGGAGCUGAAUUUCGUAAUCCAGGACACGCAGAACAUCAGACACAUGCUCGAGUUGCUCGAUCACUGCGCGCUAGAUCUUCAGGCCGAAAUAUGGAGCGUGUUCAUCGCUAUCUUAAGGAAGAGCGUGCGAAACUUACAAGCGUGUACGGACGUAGGCCUCAUCGAACACGUACUUCUUCGAUUGUCCCGAGCCGAGACCGUUGUCGCUGAUCUAUUGAUCGACAUGCUUGGAGUAUUGGCCAGUUACAGUAUCACAGUGAAAGAGCUGAAGCUUUUAUUCGGUGCUAUGAAAGCUGUAAAAGGAAAAUGGCCACGACAUUCGGCGAAACUGUUAAACGUUCUCCGUCAGAUGCCACAGCGGAAUGGACCAGACGUGUUUUUCAGUUUCCCCGGUAGAAAAGGAUCGGCAAUUGUUCUGCCGCCGCUCGCGAAAUGGCCACACGAGAACGGAUUCACGUUCACCACGUGGUUCCGCUUGGACCCCAUCAACUCCGUUAAUAUCGAACGGGAAAAGCCGUACCUCUACUGUUUUAAAACUAGCAAGGGUGUAGGCUACUCUGCGCACUUCGUAGGGAACUGCUUGGUCCUCACCUCCAUGAAAGUGAAGGGCAAGGGCUUCCAGCAUUGUGUCAAAUAUGAAUUUCAACCGCGAAAGUGGUAUAUGAUCGCUGUAGUAUACAUAUAUAAUAGAUGGACAAAAAGUGAAAUUAAAUGUUUGGUCAACGGUCAGUUGGCUUCGAGUACCGAAAUGGCGUGGUUCGUUUCGACAAACGACCCUUUUGACAAAUGUUACAUCGGAGCUACACCGGAACGGGAUGAAGAGCGCGUAUUUUGCGGACAGAUGAGCGCAAUUUAUCUGUUCAGCGAAGCACUGACUACGCAUCAAAUAUGCGCUAUGCAUAGACUGGGGCCUGGAUAUAAGAGUCAGUUUCGUUUUGACAACGAGUGUUACCUGAAUCUACCUGACAAUCACAAAAGGGUGAGUGAUGAGCCGGAGCUCACGAGCAUGGUGGACCAAAGUAUGCAAACUGUGCUUUACGAUGGUAAGCUGUCGAAUGCGAUUGUGUUCAUGUACAACCCAGUAGCAACGGAUUCUCAACUUUGUCUACAGAGCGCACCGAAAGGCAAUGUCUCCUAUUUUGUACAUACGCCACACGCCCUUAUGCUGCAGGAUGUUAAAGCUGUCAUCACCCAUUCCAUUCAUAGCACGUUGAACUCGAUUGGUGGCAUUCAAGUAUUGUUCCCUUUGUUCUCACAACUAGAUAUGCCUUACGAUUGCGUAGAGCCGAACGAUGUUAAACGAGAUCCAACGUUAUGUUCGAAACUGUUGGGGUUUAUUUGCGAUCUGGUCGAAAGUUCGCAAACCGUGCAGCAACAUAUGGUACAAAACCGAGGCUUUUUGGUGAUCAGCUACAUGCUGCAAAGAGCUAGCAGAGACCACCUGACGACUGAGGUUCUAGUAUCCUUCUUGGGGCUCACGAAACACCUGGUCACCUGUCUCAGCGCCAACAGCGAUUUGUUAUUGAAACAGUCGUUUUACUUUUCAUUCCUAACAUGGCAGCUAUUGGACCACGUUCUUUUUAAUCCCGCUCUGUGGAUAUAUACGCCCGCGCCGGUACAGACGCGGCUUUAUUCGUACUUGGCCACAGAGUUCCUCAGUGACACACAGAUAUAUUCUAACGUGAGAAGGGUAUCCACAGUAUUACAAACAGUGCACACGCUUAAAUAUUACUACUGGGUUGCCAAUCCGCGAGCUAAGAGCGGAAUCACGCCAAAAGGACUAGAUGGACCGCGCCCUCAACAGAAGGAUAUUUUGAUAAUCCGUUCUUAUAUUUUGUUAUUUCUGAAACAACUGAUUAUGAUCGGGAAUGGAGUAAAGGACGACGAGUUGCAGAGUAUUCUGAAUUACCUAACGACAAUACAUGAGGACGAAAAUUUGCACGAUGUUUUGCAAAUGCUUAUUUCUUUAAUGUCGGAACACCCGUCGUCCAUGGUACCCGCUUUUGACGCGAAGCACGGUGUCAGGACGAUUUUCAAACUGUUGGCAGCAGAAAGCCAGCUAAUACGCUUACAAGCUUUGAAACUGUUGGGAUUUUUUUUGAGUCGCAGUACACAUAAACGAAAAUACGAUGUUAUGAGUCCACAUAAUCUGUACACGUUGCUGGCCGAACGAUUGCUGUUGAAUGAGGAGACACUGUCACUUCCAACUUACAACGUUUUAUACGAGAUUAUGACGGAACACAUUAGUCAACAAAUUCUCUAUGCUAGACACCCCGAACCCGAGUCCCAUUAUCGUUUAGAAAAUCCAAUGAUCUUAAAAGUAGUAGCAACGUUAAUACGACAAUCAAAACAAACGGAGCAACUGCUCGAAGUGAAGAAGCUGUUCCUCUCGGAUAUGACAUUGUUGUGCAAUAAUAAUCGCGAGAAUCGUCGAACUGUUCUGCAGAUGUCUGUAUGGCAGGAGUGGCUUAUAGCCAUGGCCUACAUUCACCCGAAGAACACGGAAGAACAAAAGAUCUCGGACAUGGUAUAUUCGUUAUUUCGCAUGCUCCUACAUCAUGCCAUCAAGCACGAAUACGGCGGGUGGCGUGUGUGGGUAGACACUUUGGCCAUCGUGCACUCCAAGGUAUCCUAUGAGGAAUUCAAGCUUCAGUUCGCUCAAAUGUACGAACAUUACGAGAGACAACGGUCAGACAACAUCACGGAUCCCGAAUUGAGACAGCAAAGGCCGAUCAGUACCAUAUCCGGUUGGGAUCAACAGCACUCGGGGAAUAAUGGUUACAACAAACCAUCAUCUUGGGGCAAUCAACAAAACCAUGAAGUGCAACAUGUAGAAAGAAACUACAAGGAGUUCGAUGGGACUGAAGGAAACGAACGACUGGAGGAGUCCUGCAGUUGCGAUUUGAAUUCCAUAGAUAACACCGAAAGCGAUGGCAGUCCAGCAAUCGUGAAAUCGCAUAGCGAAACUCUGGACACAGCUCAGUCAAGUGAAGCGAUGUCCUUAGACUCCAGAUUAAGCGACAAACCGGAAACACCGACGACGGCGCGAGAAAUCCACACGGACACACCAACGAUCCUCGAAGAGGGAAAUAGCGAGGCGGUCUCCAUCCCAACGACACACGAGACCAGCGAAGCGUUAUCGAUAGGCAGCUCCAGCGACUUCUACAGCGAGGUGCAGAAGAUCGAAGGUUCUAGUCCCGAUUCGAUGACGACGCAGGAAGUUUUGAAGAAAGAUGACGAAUCGUCGGAACAGAAAUCACAAGAUGAAACCAUCCCUCAACCACCUGACACUGAACAAGCAGAGGAAAGAAAAGAAGAUAAACCGGAAGACGUCUCGAAGACAGAGGAAACAAUAGAAAUACCAAAAGACAACGCAAAUACUGAAACUGUCGUUUCUGAUGAACAAAAAGAAGCCAAAGCAGAGUCACAGGAAGAGGAAGUUGAAACUGUAAUCGAAGCUGCAGUUGAAACUGUAAUCGAAGCUGCAGUCGAAACUGAAACCGAAGCCAGAACUGAGGUUGAAAUUGAAAAUAAACCUGAGACUGAAAGUAAAGUUGAAGCACCUGCGAAAGAAAUUGAAGAAAUAAGUAAACAAGAGUCUAGCAUUGAUGACAGUACUCCUUCUGAUGACAAGAUUUCUUUCGAGAAAAGUAAUGAAAAGACGGAAGAGACAGAUGCUGAAAAAGCGGAUGAAAGUUCAACGGACGUUGUUAUUCCAGAACAAGGUGAAUCGGAAUCGGAAUCUGUGCUACCUGCUUCCUCCGCCGAGACACCAGAGCCAUUAAUUAUCAAGGACAUCGAGAAGUUGCAAUUAGAAGACCGAGAAGUGAUCGACAGCGAUACUUCGGAAGCGUAUUUAACACCAACAGAGAACCAAGACAAUUUGGGUGACAUGAAAUUGAAAGAGGAGGAGAAGAUCGACAGUAAUAUCACCUCGGAUAACGAAACCACGGAGAAGCCGGAAGAAAAGAACGUUGACGUUGAGAACAGCGUCGAGAACGAAACUGAGGAGAUGGUGAAAAAUUCCAGUUGCUCAACUAGCGUAAUAGAAAGUACCGAGACCGGUAACGAGAAGAAUGUAGACGUAGUAGAAGAGAAGAACGUGGAUACAGUAGUGACUAGUGAGUUAAGUAGUGAAAAAUCUGCCGUUGACUCUGUGACAGAGGAGAAAAGUGCUGUUAUUAAUGAUAACGAAGAAAAUGAGAAGGUAAACGAAAAACAUUCAAGGGAGCCGUCCACUAUUUCUACUAACGUAAGUGAUAAUCAUGCAGACAUUCCGGUGAGAACUGAGCCCGAGGUAGAGGUAACGGAUAGUGUUUGUAGUAAUAGCGAUAUUCAAAGUUCUGUAGAUAAUGUGACGCAAGUGCCAAAUCCUAAGCAGCAAAUACCAACAAUAUCUACGGUCUGUGAUGCAAAUAAAAAUAUACCCGACGGUGUGCCUCAAAUCGUUAAUCCUAUGGUGGUUACGAGGGACAAUUCGUUGUUGAAUGACUUAAAUCCAGAUCAUGUAGAUGCCCAUCGCAGAUCCAGUUUGCCGACCGUCUCCUCCGAGAAAACCACCGACGAUAAUGUUAACAGUAACGAACCUCCUUCUAUACCCGCACCCUUACGGAAAACAUCGUCACCCCAAAAACGACCAAGGAGUGCCUCAACCUCCACGCAAGUGGAUCCAAAUCAUUUCGAAUCGAAACGAGCGAAGCAAGGAAAUCCUUCCACGCGACCAAUGUUUAGUCCAGGGCCAUCUCGUCCUCCUUUCAGAAUACCAGAAUUCAAAUGGUCGUACAUACAUCAAAGAUUACUCUCGGAUGUUCUCUUUUCGUUAGAGACCGACAUUCAAGUAUGGAGAAGCCACUCCACGAAGUCUGUGUUAGACUUUGUAAACAGCAGCGAGAACGCAAUAUUUGUCGUCAAUACCGUUCACCUAAUUUCCCAACUGGCUGACAAUCUAAUAAUCGCCUGCGGGGGAUUAUUACCACUUCUAGCAUCGGCUACUUCGCCAAACAGCGAAUUGGAUGUAAUUGAACCGACUCAGGGGAUGCCGAUUGAGGUAGCGGUUUCUUUUCUGCAAAGACUAGUCAACAUGGCUGAUGUACUUAUCUUCGCCAGCUCUUUAAAUUUUGGUGAACUGGAAGCCGAGAAGAAUAUGUCUAGUGGCGGUAUUCUAAGGCAGUGUUUACGACUGGUCUGUACAUGUGCCGUUAGAAACUGCUUAGAGUGUAAAGAACGUGGCAGAUCGUACAGCAUGUUAGGUCGGCAGAUUGGUACUAGUAAUAAAUCACAGCACAUACAGUCUCUCAUACGAGGAGCUCAAACAUCACCUAAGAACAUAGUGGAUAAUCUGGCACACCAAUUGAGUCCUGUAAAAGAUCCUGAGAAAUUGCUACAAGACAUGGACGUAAACCGCUUGAGAGCUGUGAUAUACAGAGAUGUUGAAGAAACCAAGCAGGCUCAGUUUCUGUCCCUCGCUAUAGUUUACUUCAUCUCUGUACUAAUGGUAUCCAAGUACCGUGAUAUACUCGAACCACCAAUAUCACAACGUCCACCAAGUCCAGUUCAAACGAUACAAACUAACGGUGCCAGUUUGAGACCGGGUAGCCCUUCAGCAGAUGGGAAUGGUGGUGGAGGAGGGCGGCCCCUGUUUCCACAGUGGUCUCACCACGUGUAUCCACAGUUCCUCCCGGGAUCUCACCCUAACGCCAAUGCGAAUGCCAAUGCCAAUGCCAACCACCACAUGAACCAGCACCACCACCAGCACCCGCUACCGGCUGCCAGGCACUCGAAUCGCCAGCCCCCCUCCAACUAUUAUCUCCCGAAUCACCACAGUAAUCAUUAUAACCAUCAUCCGAGUAACCAUAACUACCAUCGUCAUCAUCAUUACCAUCAUCACAAUAACAACAAUCACCAUCAUACGCUUCAAAAGCAUAUCGAUCAGCCCCGAAAUCUCUGUCAUAGAAACUCCGGUGUUGGUUUGCAAGGAAGCGGAGGUAUUAUGAGUCAAGCCGGCUCUCAGGACGACGGUGAAUACGAAGUGAUAAUAGUUGACGAGAACAAUUCGUCGAUCCUGGCUGAUCACGAUGUCACAUCAUCCGGUCCUCCAUCAACCAAGGGAGGUCACAGUGGUGUACCUCGGCCACGGACUAUUCUCGAGGAUUACACCUCGUCAGAACCAACGCUUGGCACCUCGACAAGACCCACUGAACCACUGCCACGAAAUGUCCAGAGCAACGACUCCAGCGAAGAAACGGUGCAUCGUAGUAACAUAACUGCGGAUGCGACUCCGUCAGAUGUAACCACAGACAAUGAGAACAAACAUAACUCUUCCGAGGAGGCUUGGACAGACGUGAACCUGAACGAAGACGGGGACACGAUUCCGAUGACGAAUCAAAGGGAAGAUCCGAGAAAUAUUCACAAUAUGGCACAGUCUCGUGGCGAUAUUCAAGAUAGCGAGGGCAACGUGUUGGACCAGGGAAUGAUGGGAAAUACGGAACGCGGGGAAAAACCUUCCGGUGAAAUCUCGGUGGUCCGCGUGUCCGACAGGUUAAUGAUGACUUCCUCUUCGCCACGACCGGACGAGUUACCAAUAAAAGGGUUGGUCGAUCACUUACCUGUUCCGACGCCCUCGCGCGAGGCUUCGCUCACGCAGAAGCUGGAAAUGGCACUAGGUUCCGUUUGCCCGCUAUUGCGCGAGAUCAUGGUAGACUUCGCACCAUUCCUUUCGAAGACACUCGUUGGUUCCCACGGACAGGAGUUGCUGAUGGAAGGCAAAGGUAGGACUCGUCUGACCACGUUCAAAAACAGCAACUCCGUGGUGGAACUGGUGAUGCUGCUUUGUUCCCAAGAAUGGCAAAAUUCCUUACAGAAACACGCUGGUCUGGCGUUCAUCGAGCUCAUUAACGAGGGAAGGUUACUGUCUCACGCGAUGAAGGAUCAUAUUGUGAGAGUGGCCAACGAGGCUGAAUUUAUACUGAAUCGGAUGAGAGCGGACGAUGUGCUGAAGCAUGCCGACUUUGAGUCGCAAUGCGCGCAGACGUUGCUCGACAGAAGGGAAGAGGAACGGAUGUGCGAUCACUUGAUUACGGCAGCACGAAGACGAGACAAUGUUAUUGCCAAUAGAUUGUUGGAGAAGGUUCGAAAUAUCUUGUCCAAUAAGCAUGGCGCUUGGGGAUAUGUGGAUCCAAUGGCUGCAAAAAUGGCCGAAUACUGGAAGCUAGAUGCUUGGGAGGAUGAUGCACGUAGACGUAAGCGUUUCGUGCACAAUCCACUAGGCUCGAGCCAUCCCGAGGCUACCCUGAAGGCGGCCCUCGAGCACGGUGCACCCGAGGAUGCGAUUCUGCAAGCGCGUGAAGAAUUUCACGCGCAUCUCGCAGCCUCGCGUGCACACCAGCAGCAAUUGCAGUCGGCGGAUCUGAUGGACGACAGUGAGCUGUUGUCGGACGACAGGGAUCUAGAUAACGACCUGACGGGUCCAGUAAACAUCAGCACGAAAGGAAAAUUGAUCGCUCCCGGUAUCGUGGCACCCGGUAUUAUCUCCGUGACGUCCACGGAACUUUACUUCGAGGUGGACGAGGACGACCCAGAGUUCAAGAAGAUCGACAGUGAGGUACUGAAGUACUGCGACCAUCUUCACGGAAAAUGGUACUUCUCGGAAGUCCGCGCGAUAUUCUCGCGCCGCUAUCUCCUCCAGAACGUGGCCAUCGAGAUUUUCUUGGCCAGUCGAACCUCGAUCCUGUUCGCGUUCCCGGACCAGGCGACGGUGAAAAAGGUGAUCAAGGCGCUACCGCGGGUCGGCGUGGGCAUCAAAUACGGGAUUCCACAGACUAGGAGAGCAUCAAUGAUGUCACCUAGACAAUUAAUGAGGAGUUCCAACAUGACGCAGAAAUGGCAACGAAGAGAGAUAUCCAACUUCGAGUACCUCAUGUUUUUGAAUACUAUUGCUGGACGAACUUACAAUGACUUGAAUCAGUACCCUGUAUUCCCUUGGGUACUGACCAAUUACGAGACAAAAGAGCUCGAUCUCAGUUUACCUAGUAACUACCGUGAUCUAUCAAAGCCAAUCGGGGCGUUAAACCCCAGCAGAAGGGCUUACUUCGAGGAACGCUUCCAAAGUUGGGAACACGACAGCAUACCGCCUUUCCACUACGGCACACAUUACUCCACAUCUGCGUUUGUUUUGAACUGGAUGAUUCGCGUAGAGCCUAUGACUACGAUGUUCCUGGCUUUGCAGGGCGGCAAGUUCGAUCAUCCCAAUCGACUAUUUUCAUCCAUCGCUCUAUCUUGGAAGAAUUGUCAACGUGAUACUUCGGAUGUCAAGGAGCUGAUUCCGGAGUUCUUCUUUCUGCCGGAAAUGUUGGUGAACAGUAAUCGGUAUCGAUUGGGUAGACAGGAAGACGGCAGCGUAGUUGGCGAUGUCGAAUUGCCACCGUGGGCAUCAUCUCCGGAAGAAUUUAUACGAAUCAAUCGAAUGGCCCUGGAGUCGGAGUUUGUGUCCUGUCAACUACACCAGUGGAUCGAUUUAAUAUUUGGCUAUAAACAGAAAGGACCGGAAGCAGUUCGAGCAACAAACGUUUUCUAUUAUUUAACGUACGAAGGUAGCGUGGAUUUAGACACGAUAACCGAUCCGGUUAUGAGAGAGGCUAUAGAGAAUCAAAUACGAAACUUUGGUCAAACACCGUCGCAGCUUCUGAUGGAACCGCAUCCUCCGAGAAGUUCCGCGAUGCAUUUGAACAUCGCGAUGUUUGACAAGACAUUGCCACCCGUGUUGCAGUCACCGAUGAUGUUCUCGAGCAUACCCGACGACGUUUGCAUGACCAUCAAGUUCCCAUCGAAUUCGCCGAUUUGUCAUAUAUCGGCUAAUACGUAUCCGCAAAUACCUUUGCCAUCCGUGGUCACAGUGACCACCGGACAGCAGUUCGCUGUCAACAGGUGGAAUACCAAUUACGCGGCAUCCGUGCAAUCGCCGAGUUACGCGGAUACUCCGCAAGCUCAAGCUGUUAAUCAACCAUUAUCCAUGGAUCCUAUUUUGUCUCAAGCAGCCAACAGCUCGAAUCCCACAUUGCGUCGUCACUUGGGCGACAAUUUCAGUCAAAAGUUGAAGAUACGAAGCAACUGCUUCGUCACCACCGUAGAUAGUAGAUUCCUGGUCGCGUGCGGUUUUUGGGAUAACAGCUUCCGAGUUUUCUCCACCGAAACUGCAAAAAUCGUACAAAUAGUGUUCGGUCAUUAUGGAGUCGUUACAUGUUUAUCGCGCAGCGAAUGCAAUAUCACGUCCGAUUGCUACAUAGCAUCCGGAAGUGCCGAUUGCACAGUUCUAUUAUGGCAUUGGAACGCCAGGACGCAGACAAUCGUUGGUGAGGGUGAAGCACCCGCACCUCGAGCAACCCUUACAGGACACGAGCAACCGGUAACUGCUGUGGUUAUUUCGGCCGAGCUGGGACUGGUUGUUUCCGGAUCUUAUUACGGACCAGUUCUUGUACAUACGACUUUCGGUGACCUACUGAGAUCUCUAGAGGCACCGAACGGAUUCUCCUCCCCUGAAAAUAUUGCCAUGUCGCGAGAGGGUGUAAUCGUAGUAAACUACGAACGUGGUCACAUAGCAGCAUUCACUAUUAAUGGGAAACGUCUUCGCCACGAGUCCCAUAAUGAUAAUCUUCAGUGUCUACUUCUUAGCAGAGACGGAGAAUAUUUAAUGACUGGCGGUGACAAACGAAUAGUUGAAGUUUGGCGAACGUUCAAUUUAGCCCUUCUAUAUGCUUUUCCAGCUUGCGAAAGCAGCGUGCGUUCACUGGCACUCUCACACGAUCAAAAGUUUCUUUUGGCUGGUCUAGCCAACGGAUCGAUCGUGAUCUUCCACAUCGACUUCAACAGGUGGCAUCAUGAGUUCCAACAACGCUACUGAGACUGUUUCGCGUACGUGUAGCAAAAUUGAUCGAAACACAAACACGAUUCGCUAGUUUUUUUUUCUUUUCACGGCAAUAGCGACAGAUUUCUUUCAGUCACGGAUUGAUCGCAACCAGGGCAUCCGCUCAAGCAGUCAAUCCCGCAGCAUUCAUUCGCGCGUAAAAAUCUGAUCGAGCGACCUCAAUUCGAAUUGAAGUCGUACCAAGGUAAAAGGCAAGAACGUAUCGUGCAAUAACACGAAGAUCGGACAAGGCGUUCAUCGAACUUCUCGAUUGAUUUCGAGUGUACGAUGAACGAGGUCCGAUCUUCGGCUAUUUUACAAAUAAGAGCAACGAGCAACAACGCUUUCGUAAUCGUUUUUAUUACAAUCAAGUAGUGGGCACAAAAAACAUAUUCGUCGAACAGCAGGUAUAUUCCCUAUAUUCAGCGUUUUAGCAAUAACAGAAGAAAUGACGAAAUAAAUAUUCGCUUUUUCGCGACUCUACGAGAUGAUAGUCGAGUGCUUCCGUGAGAACUUUUAACAACUGGCCGGGCUCAAUCGUGCAUUUUCAAUGCUUGUUUCAAGUUUUCUAGCCCUGCCCAGAACAAGAGACAGAGAGAGGGAUAGAAAAUGAAAAGUUCAAACUGAAUCACGCAUCACUAUCUCUCUUUCGAAUCGCUAGUCAAUUACGAACACACGCGAAUCUAUCUGUCUGGAUGCUUGCGAAUACUCGACGACCGAUUUUUUCAAUUCACCCCGUGUUUCCCGUGGGUGCGUAAUCCAAUCGCAACGAAGAAUCGCAAGCAGUCUUCUGAGUGGCACGCUGAAAUCUGUUUUUUUCACGUGUUUCCACCUGGAAAGAAACUUCUCGACAUACACCUCUAACUCUAGUAACGUCCUGUGUACAUACGAUUAUCUCUAUGGCGUAUACAUAAAUAUAUAUAUAAAAAAUAUAUUGCAUAUAUAUAUAUAUAUUCUAUGCAUAAACACAUAAUGUCGUGGCAGGGUGGCGAACGAAUGAGUGACAGUUAAGGGAGAGACGUGUACACAUUUCAAGAACAAAGAAAAAUGGGAACCUGUGUUUCCGAUUGUAAUUUUCUGCGCCAAUGUUGCGAUUAGUAUUAAUGAGAUACCUUUUGGCUAAGCACUUAGUGAGUUCAGUUCUGCGAGAAAUACGUACGUCAUGCACUCGAUACAAACACACAGCCACACAUUUAUCUGCGCAGAGUGAUACUGGCACACAAAAGCAGGAGGUAUAUUAUACAGACGUUUGCACAAGAGGGCACUUUCGCAAAGGGCGGUGAACGCUUUUUUUGGCUACUCUGGUCGUCCCGUUUUCAAAGAACAUACACACACACAUGUACACACACUAUGAUAAUAUUAUACUAUUCACAUACAUUCAUAAUUAUAUUCACGGUCAACCUGCAAGUAUACUUCCUACUCCCCGAUAAUCACACGUCCUUCGAGAGAGAUCCUAAUUUUUUAUCAAAGCCGUCCAGCUUAACUUUCUGCGAGGAUAUUUCUUGGUAUUUUCGCACGCGAGGUAUAAUUAAUCAGCAAAGACGAAGAAUUAUUAAAUAGGCUUUUAAAAAAGAAAGAGAGAGGAAAGGAAUACGAGCGAGUUUGAGUCAUGCGGAUUCGUCCGAAUUUGGUUCGCGUUGGUUCUGAAAGGAUCAAGCGUUGUGUUCGUGUGUGAGCGUGUCGCCCGUAUGUGGAUUCGAAUGAAGUAAGGGAAAGCAAAAGAGAAGGUAGUAUUAAUGAGAGAGAGAAGGCUAGACGCAAGGAUUAAAAAAAUAUAUUAUCAAAGUAGUAGAAGAGGAACGCUUAAGAGAGUGCACUGUUUAAGUAGUAUCACGAACCAUGCGACUUUCGUUUAUUCGUCGCUUCGCUGUACAACAAAUGCUAGUCACUCUUUCUUAGAAAAGAAACGCACCGGUGAAUCAAGGGAAACACUAUUGCUCACCCAUAUACCGUGGUAUAGUAGAUUAGUAAAUCUCUUCAAUCCGGUGAGUCGAUGACGAUAAUUCCUUUUACACGCACGUUUAGUCAUCUCUGUAAAUCUUGAUGCAUUUUUCUUUGAUGAAUAUCGUAAGAAGGAAAAAGUCGCAGAGAUGGUAAGAACGGAAAGCAAAAUGAGUAAGGGCGCGAAAGACGGCGUGAGAGGGACGCAGCGUAAAUAAGAAUAAUUCGGAGCGUUCUAUGUCCGCGACGGUGAUUGUCGCGAUGCUGUUAAGCGAGUCUAUGAGUAAUUAGUACUUAAAUUCCAUAGGGAAAGUACUUACUUAACUCGUACUUAUUUGUACAAUUGUAGAAUGACGAUUAAUAAAACAAACAAUCAACAGAAAGUUAGUACAUUAGAAUAGCUUUUUACUAUUGAGCGCUUGUAGAUUCAGAACAAAAUGCUUAUUGAAUGAAACUUUGAACAAGUUAUUAAAGGUUUAUAAUUUAAUUUGUAAAUUAAAAGUUCGAGACGUCUACAGUUGAGGCUCGCUGCGACAAACGUGAUUGAUCACCGACGUAUUCACCGAAUUUCUUAGAUGUCGAUACACACUUAAAGAGAACUAAAAAUUAUAUUAAUAUACCGUUUACGUGACAUAUGUAAAAUAAAUGCAUGGUCCCGUCAUUCUAGCAAUCAAUCAUUCUUGAGCUUGAGGCGGAGAAACUAAAAAAAAAAAUAUAUGGAAAUGUCGCGGUAUAAACAUUAGUUGUAAACGUCAUUUUAGUGUCGGUUCUUGUGUCGUGCACCCGGUCCACCGCCGGUCUCGUUAAUCGUACAACUAUGCAUAGGACAAUGCUACGUGUACAACAAUGUGUUAAAUAAUGGUAUUAUCGCUAUUAAUUGUUUGGGCGUGCUUAUCUGCAUGAUUGUACGUGUUGUUCCGUAUGUCUAAAGAAGGUGUAAGAAACCAAACCACAGGGAAGAAUUAGAGGACCGAGGGAGUUAUGAGAGGGAGAGAGAAAGAGAGAGAGAGAGCUGCAUGUAUGCGUGAGGAAUAGGAUUGUGCCUGGUGCUUCGGAUAUAAUGUUAAUUUUACAUUGUACUUAAUGUACAGUCGCAUAUUAUCGACUUAUUUUCGCUACGGUGGAGUUAGAAGAGGGCAAAAGUGAAAAGUAAUGAACAAAAAAAAAGCAAAAGAAAAUCGAGAAAGAACGGACAGUGGAAGCACAACAUUCUCACUACAUUUCCUGUGCCACGUUCGCACUCCUUUUCUCGAGUUUGCGGUAACGGUUUGAAAAAGUACUUAACAAGCGCAAAGUAACGCAAUCAAUAAGGAUGUAUCGCGAGAAGAGGGGGAAACAGGAAAGGAAAAUGAUAAAAAAAAAAGAGCAAAAAUUUUAAACAGAGGAGUUUUUAUAUUUAUUUAUUGGUGUGUGAGAAUGCUGCACUUUUCGAGCAAGUUGUUAGUGAAUUCCCUCCAUAUUGCUAUAUAUAUAAUAUAUAUAAAUAUAUAUAAAGGAAGUUAACAAGAAAAAAAUCAAUUUUCUGUCCGUACUCGAACUUCGGUACACAUAAGAGUAACGCUACUAUUAUAUUUUAAAUAACGCUAAGUACAACGCUACAACAAAGAUUUGCCUAUAUAAUUAUUACUGAAACUACAUUUUAUUCUCAUUAUUAAUUGAUAUAGUUAUCAUUAAUCAUCAUUAAUAUGAUUACGAGGUGUAAUUGAUUAGUGUUGUCGACAUCACACGCGUUUACGGUUGCAUUUUGACACGUAUACUUAUUAUAAUAAACGAUAAUGUAAUAAUCGAAUCGCUGAACGCGAACGACACAAAGGUGAAUAUGACGAAAAAGCGAAUGGAGUACAAGAAAAUAGAGAUUUGUACAAUUCGCGAAUGAUUUAAUAUUCGCACGACGAGGUAUGUCGAGCCAUAAAUGUACGAUGUUCGCGGUAUUCGCAUUACGGAAUUAUAUGUGAUCGGGAACUAUAUAGACGGUGUUAAAACACACAAAUAACGAGAAGCGAAAGAAGAAAAGAAACGAAUUAGUAAACGGAAGUUUUUAGAUACGGAACUGCCCGUAGAGAUACUUACGUGUAGAUUUAAUCGAACGUUAUACGUUUUCUAAGCGUAAUCAUGGGCGGAUGAGGGGAGAAACGCGCGUAAAUGUCGUGAGCUAACAUUUUCUCGGGCGCUUAGUCGUUAGAAUCGUGACCUCUUCAGUAUUUAGCCGCGUUGCUCCCGUUAAGUGAGAUCGCGGCGGCGAUGACGCGAGAUCGGUUCAAAAAAUUGGAAAUGAUCGAAUACGACUUCGGCGAUUAGAAUAUAACUUUCUUGUCGUCGCGAACUUCUCGACGCGAGGAUAAUUUUCCAAUCAAUUGAUAAAAAAAAGUCAAUAUACACGAAAUCGUAAAGAAAACUAAGGAAGCAAACAAAGCGGAAAACAUAAGAAUGAUCAUGCAAAGGGAGAACAGACAUAGAGAGAAAAUAAUAAGAACAUGUAGCGGAAUCACGUAGAGCUGCGAUCAUUUAAACGAGAAUCAUCGAGUUCAUCAUCUGCGUCUCAAGUAGCGUUUUAUAAUCCUAAAUCCGUUUUUCUUAUGGUUAAGCGAUACGGUUUAAAUAAUUGUACAGCAUUUGUAAUGCUAUAGGAGCCAUCCGCUCUGGAUUAAGCUUAAGCCCAUUUCCGGUUCAUAGAGAGAUAAAUACUUACACAUACAUACAGAUUCACACAAGAGAAGAACGACAGGAAUAAUUUAACAUCGCUGCAGUUACAUUUCUUCAAAGACUGAACAUCGUUCCACGACGUAUUAUAUUGUUUAUCAUACAUGUAUAACUGUACUGUAUAAUUCACUAUGAUAUUUCAUCGCCGCGUCACUGUUGAUCGUAAUUCGUAUUCUAGAAACUGCGCAUUGAUCAGCAAAUUAAAAGAAAGCCAACAAAAAUUAUAUGGACUUAGGAAGGAGUAAAAAAAAAAAGAAAACAGUAAAAUUGCGAUUUAAAGGAGGAAAAUAAUAUGGCCUAACUUUUCUCACAGUUUAAGACACGAUUUAUAAACAGCUUAUACAAAAGAGGAAAAGAGAUGAAGGAAACGAACAAAAUUGGAUCGAUGUUCGAUCGACGAACAAAUGACUGCAAUGUUGAUUAGCCCUUUCAAAUGGAACCUCGAUGCUUGUUUAAAUAUAAUUUCCAAAUCGAAAGCCAAAAAGAAAAGAAAAAUGCGACCGUGAUCACCAUGUGUCGAUCGCAAUUAUCGACGAUCACGGAACGAUGCGACGCAGUUUCAUUCCCGGCACUUUUAAAGAAAAAAAAAAGUACUAUUAAGUAGAGGUACUUAAGUCGUUGCUACAUACCAAUAUAAGCUCUAUUGCUUAUUUUAUACUUAGUAUUAUCGUAACGUUUCGAUUAGAGUUAACAUAAUGGGAAAGUUGUAUCUUAGAAUAAGGUAGACUAAUCUGUAAAGAUAAGUAGUCAAAUAAAUGAAAAGUACAUUUGA